ACGCUAGCUGGGCAAAGGGAGGGGUUAUUCCGCUCCUCAGCAGUAAUGGUAACUUGGCUGCGCUUGUAGAGAACUCAAUGCCGCGGAGUGGCCAUCAAACACGACUUCUAAGCAGUUUCCGAAGAAGAGAUUUGUUUAUUUUAUUUUUUUCUCUCACUGCGGUGGCUCGGAGAACAAUACUUGCAGUGUAGUGGAUUUUCGUAGCUGAGUACGCGGUGGAAAGGUAAACCUGUUGCCUGCCCCUGCUUCGCCGUGUUACUAUCCAAGAUGUUGCUUUGUGGAUGGGAUGGCGUCUGGUCCCGUUUGUGUGCACACUCAUAGCCUCGUCGGAGAACGAACAUUUCCCUCUCGAGUGAUUGUGUAGCUCUUAUAUCCUGGGAAGAUGCAUGUGUCUCUGGCAGAAGCCUUGGAGGUACGUGGAGGUCCACUCCAGGAGGAGGAGGUCUGGGCAGUGCUCAGCCAGAGUGCAGAGAGCCUCCAGGAGCUCUUUCACAAAGACCCUGCAGCUAUGGGCUUCAUCAUCUCCCCCUGGUCCCUCCUGCUCAUGCCCUCUGGCAACAUCUCAUUCACAGAUGAGUAUGUCACCCAGCAGGAUUUAAGAGCCUUCACAGCUCCAGAGGUCCUGGGGGGGGCCUCCUUGACUUCAGUCUCUGACAUAGAGAAGAUGCACAUGUACUCCCUGGGGAUGACUCUGUUCUGGGGAGCGGACUACGAGAUCCCCCAAAGUCAGCCUAUGAAGUUGGGGGAGCACCUGAACAGCCUGCUUCUCAACAUGUGCGAUGAUGUUACAUUGAGUCGAAUGUCGUUGCGCACGGUGCUGGACAUCUGCAGCAAACACAUCCGAAACUCCAGCUGUGACCCUCCCUUCUCCUAUAUCAGAAAACUGGUCCGGUUGGUACUGGGUAGCCUUUCUCAGCUGGACGGUCUGCUGACUGAUAGAGAGUCUCUUCCGGAGCGCAGUAAGGAGAUUCGAGAGAGGCUGAGGGGCAAAGGCCUGCCCUCGGGGAGGAGUGCCGCCCCCAGGGUUCUGGAGCGUUACCGAGCUAGGACUCAGGAGCAGACGUCUCUUAACAGGGGCCUCAGUCGUUCCAUGGGUUCCCUGCCAAUUCAGGGCCUGCUGAAGGGGGAUGAGGGGGCAGCCCUGCAGUAUUCCCUGUCUGACUAUCCCCACAACUCUGAAUCCCCCACAGAACUUUACCCCAAAGCGCCCUCACUCCACCACCAGCACUCCUAUCCCUAUCUGCACCCUCUUCACCCACAGCAAAAAGGCCGGCCAGUGGAGCUGGACCGGAGGUCUUUACCCUUCCACAGUGGGGACUUGGGCCCUAGUCAAGCCAGGAAAUCCUGGGCUUCCUCUGUGGACUUGGCCUGUAUUGACCCAGAGGCUCUUCGCUUUGGGGCAUUGGAGGAUGCACGAAGGGGCAGCACUGCCUUAAGCACCCACUCCAUAGGCAGGCGCAAAUCUCCCUUGCGGGCAUCCAGGGAAAGGGAUUCUCGCUACCCUGAGUUUGGUGGGCUGAAGAGCAGGAAGCCUCAUCACCACUCAGCCAUGUCUGUAGGCUCUGGCCUCCCUGGUGCCUAUGACAGGAUCAAGGAGAGACAGAGGAAACUUCAAGUGCUUAGGCAAGCAGUAGAUGACCCGGUCCACACGCACCAGAGGUACCACAGUGAUUACAGUUCAUCCAGCGAAAGCCCCUCAGUGACCUCCUCAGAUCCAGACUACAGACAAGCUAAGAAACCGAGCGAAGCGAGGCGAUACGGCUCCCAGCUGGCACUCUCCUCUGAGCACGAUGCCCUGUCGCUGACGAGUCACAACACACACAGACACAGGCAGUAUGAGGGGGCUGACGAAGGUCUGGCUGGAGCUGAGCUGCUCCUCCAGAAGCAGGAGGAGGAGGUGCAGCGGCUCCAGGCCCACCUGGCCAGCAGGCUGUCCAGGGCCAACCUCUACUCUGCAGAUGACCCCCUGACCCCAUCUCGCACUUCCAUGCUCGAUCUUCGAGACCCCCUCUAUACCUCUGCUGUACCGUUCCGCAAACCCAAGAACUUCCAUGGGCCUGAGUUUGUGAAGAUGGCCAGCGAGCCGUGUGUUGCUUUAUCGGUUCCCUCUUCAAUAAUGAAACGUGGAAAGGUGGAGGAGGUGCAGAGGAAGGUGGGUGUGGUGCUGCUGAAUGGCCAAAAGCUGGAGCUGAGCUGUGACAUCAAGGCAGUGUGUAAAGACGUUCUUGAUAUGGUGGUUGCCCACAUCGGGCUCGUGGAGCACCAUCUCUUUGGCCUUGCAUACCUCAGAGAAAAUGAGUUUUUCUUCGUCGAUCCUGAUGCCAAACUGUCCAAAGUGGCCCCAGAGGGAUGGAAGGAGGAUCCUAAGAAGAGGAAAUCUGACGUGCCUUUUAAUCUCUUCUUACGCAUCAAAUUCUUCCUUGAUGAUGUCAACUUCAUACAGCAUGCUAUGACCAAGCAUCAGUACUACCUACAGCUGAGGAAGGAUAUCUUGGAGGAGAGGAUGCGCUGUAACACAGAAAAUGCCAUGCUGCUUGCUUCACUGGCACUGCAGGCUGAAUUUAGUGACUACCAGCCUGAGCUCCACGGAAAGACCUAUUUCAGACUGGAGCACUACCUGCCAGUGACUGUCCUGGAUAAGGUGGACCAGACGACCAUCAAGGAGGAGCUGCCAAAACUUCACAGCAACUACUAUGGAGCAUCCGAGUCAGAAGCAGAGUUUGAAUUCCUCAAGGUGAGCCAGAGGCUGACAGAGUAUGGAGUCCAUUUCCAUCGGGUGCUUCCUGAGAAGAGGUCCCAGACAGGCAUCAUGCUGGGUGUCUAUUCCAAGGGGGUGCUCAUCUUUGAAGUUCUUAACGGAAAUCGUACCCCGGUGCUAAGGUUCCCCUGGAGGGAGACCAAGAAGAUUUCCUUUACAAAAAAGAAGAUUUGCCUUCAGAACACGUCGGAUGGGAUUAAGCACUUGUUUCAGACAGACAGCAACAAGACGUGUCAGUAUCUGCUACAGCUCUGCUCUGACCAGCACAAGUUCCACCUGCAGAUGAAGGCGCGCCAAAACAACCAGGAGCUGCAGGACCUAGAGAACUCCCCCCUCAGCAUUCUACAGUAUUCUCUUGGAGACUCAGUGGGGGGGACAGUCAUCUCAGGCAGCCUGGCCCCCAGCUUAUCAACACGCUCCAACCCAGACCACCUGAAGAGGAUCUCGUACUCAGAGGUGGCCCUCAACAAGGCACCAUCUGGCCCAAUAUUAGUCCAAGAUGAGCUUCACUUUCCGGGUUUCAAUCCAGCAGCCUCCACGGUCCAUUCCAACCCACGGAUAAUGAGCCGCUCCCACCACAACCUUGGACAGAUGCCAGAGUCCCCAGAGCACCGAGCAGCACAGUCAUAUCAUGGCCAGUCGCACAGUGGACUGAGUCAGCCGCAGCCCAACCAAGUAGCUUCUCACUUCCAGCAACACCAGCGAGCCAGCUCAGACACAGACUCCCUGUCACAACAGCAGGACAAGUCAUUUGGUACAGUGUCCCACGGCAGCCCAGUCUGGAGCCUCAGCAGGUCUAAAAAAGAAUCUGAUUCUUCUUCCAUAGAGGAUACUGGCCAAGCAUAUGUAGUAGGGGUCAGUAUGCACAGCUCCUCUGGCCCACCUUCAACCCCAGCCUCUGUUAAUGAUUCACUCAAGAAAAAGCUCAAUGCCUUGCCAUCUCCAGAGAGAGAAAUCGCAACUGUAAACCUGAAAAAAGAUGUGAAAUAUGGCCUGGGUUUCCAGGUUGUCGGAGGGGAGAACUCUGGUCGUAUGGAUCUUGGUACCAUCAUUAGCUCAAUCACUCCUGGGGGUCCUGCUGAUGUCAACGGCUGUCUCAAACCUGGUGACCGACUGAUCUCUGUGAAUGAUGUGAACCUGGAAGGGCUCUCUCAUGCAGCCACGAUUGAUAUCCUUCAAAAUGCUCCUGAUGACGUUACUCUGGUGGUGUCACAGCCCAAAGAGAGGCUCUACAAAGAAUCCUCCUCAGGCUAUGUCCCCUACCAGUCUUCACUGAAGGCGCUUAAUCCUGGCCAAAGACGAGAACUAGACCUUGAUACCUCGUCAGAGGAGCGUGUGGGAACAGGAAGCCCCAGCCCUCCUCUCCACAGCGCUGGCACGCCAUCAGCUGCCUCCUCCCCAGUCCACCAGCACACCAACCUCAGUUCUCAGGACUCCAAGACGAGCAGUGUCACUAAAAUCAGCCAACCCCCAGUCAAUGGAGUUCAGCAGUGCCUAGAAAGAGCCACAGCUGCAGCCAGUGCCCAACAUCAGAGACCAGAACCUAACGUGGGUUCGGAUCCUACGCCGCCGGCUCUGCCACCCAAAACUAGAAAAGCUAAAGUGUCAGAGGCUCCCAAAGUUUCUGAGCACUCUGACUGGGGGGAUUCAGACAUGGAUGAGGAGACAUAUUCCAGUAGUCAAGAGAAAAUGGUCAAAGGUCAAAAAGGUGCAGCUUUUGAAUACAUCAAGGAAAAUUUAAAUGGUAAUGCCCCAGGGGUCAAUAGUCUCCGUCCAGGAGAUCUAUUUGACGUUGAGCUGUCCAAAAAAGACAGCAGCCUGGGCAUAAGUGUCACGGGGGGAGUCAACACAACCGUUCGACAUGGAGGCAUCUACAUCAAAGCCAUCAUACCAAAAGGUGCAGCUGAGCUUGAUGGAAGGAUACAGAAAGGUGACCGGGUUGUGGCCGUCAAUGGAAAAAGUCUGGAGGGGGCCACCCAUCAGCGAGCAGUCGAGGCUCUCAGAGACACUGGGCAGACAGUGCACUUGUUGCUGGAGAAGGGGCAUCUGCCUGCAGACAGUGUCCACGCUCCUCUCACACCUCAGUGCACUCCACCAUGUGCCGACAGUGACCGAGACCAGACCAAGAGCAAAGAGCAGCCACAUGAGGUCAAAGAAAAACCAGAGUACAGCUUUGUUACGAAAGACAAUGUGUUUGAUGUGCGUCUGCUGAAGAACACAUCAGGGCUGGGCUUCAGUUUCAGCAGAGAGGAGAACAUCCCCGACGAGCCCCCCGGCUCCAGCAUGGUGCGCGUUAAAAAGCUGUUUCCCGGUCAACCAGCUGCAGAGAGCGGUCGCAUUAACGUGGGCGACGUCAUCAUGCGGGUCAAUCAAACACCCCUCAAAGGACUCUCACAACAUGAGGUGAUAUCAGCCUUGCGAGGGACAGGACAGGAGGUGACUUUGCUCCUCUGUAGACCUGAACCCGGUAUACUUCCUGAAAUGGAUACUUCAGCUUUGACACCCAUGCCAUCACCCCGAAAGGAGCCAUUGACCCAGGUGGAGCCCAGCCUGAGCAUAGGCAGGGCGACCUCUCCUCCAGCUCCGCAGGCCAGGAAGAGUCAACGCCCUGUGGAGGAGGCUCUAGAGAGGCUGCUGCAAAAAACCCCCGGCAGGCACAACAGCUACAGUGACAGCACGGAUGGGGACGAGGAGGUGGAGGAGGCCUUCAGCCCAAGCACCCUGGAGCACAGCAGGCAAACUUGGGAGCGGAGUGUCUACCAGACCCCCAGCAGCAACAUAGGAAUGGGACGCUUCGACAGCACUGGCCAAAUGGACGACACCAUCCACUCAGCCUUCUACUCCCCGAACCUGUCAAUGACUAGAUCAGACCUCAGCAAGAGGCAUCCUUCAUCUCCUGUGACAACUGAUCUGGAGUCAUCCCCCAUGCAUAUGGUUUCCUCCCCCUCUGCUCCAAGCCCAGAUCCACUGCCUCCUCCCCUGCCUCUGCCCUUAAACCUCACUGUCUCUGGCAAUGGACAGGACGUGGAGGAGUUUGUUCCGGAAGUUGAGCUCAAAGUCUCCUUGAUGAAGUCAGAAAAAGGCAGCUUGGGCUUCACCCUCACCAAAGGUAAUGAUCAUGGGUGUUACAUCCAUGACAUCGUCCAGGACCCAGCCAAAGGCGAUGGAAGGCUCAGGCCUGGGGACAGAAUGAUAAUGGUGAACGACACAGAUGUGAGCAAUAUGGGCCACACUGAAGUGGUCGAUCUUGUGCGUGCUGCCCCUCGGGUAGUUGAUUUGGUGGUGGGGAGGGUACUGGAGGCUCCCAAGCCCCCCAUUGAAGCCCACUUGCUACCUGACAUUUGUUUCAAAGGCAACCAAGAACCACUUGGUUUGCUACUGGACGGUGGUAGUGACAGCGUGUACAGAGUCUUGUUUGUGAAAGACAUCCUGCCAGGUUCGCUGGCCUUCGAGGAAGGCAGCCUGAGACCACUCGAUCUAAUCCACUACGUCAAUGGCGCACCCACCCAGGACCUGACUCUCAGUGAGAGCACGAGACUGUUGGAGCUCUCCCUGGACAACCUCACGCUCAAGGCCACAAGGGAUGGAAAGCCUGUUUUUCCUGGGCAGAAAAGUGUCUCCUUUCUCAACAACAACAUUGGCCCCAAGGUUUUAUCCAGCAUGAAUGGGUUUCUUAAGGGGGAAGAUCCAAGAGAUACAGAGUGCCUUGCAGCACUUUGUCCUUUAGAGGAGGAGAUCAUAAAGCUGGAUCUGGAGAAGCCGCAGUCUGGAGGUCUGGGUUUCUCUGUGAUCGGAGGGGAAAGGGGGAUCUUUGUCAAAUCCAUCACACCGGGAGGAGUAGCAGAGUCCUUGGGCCAGCUGCAAGUGGGAGACAGGCUGCUGAAAGUGAAUGACGAAUUAAUGACAGGCGUGUCCCACACCAAAGCUGUCACCACCAUCCGUAAAGCUAAAGGCCUGGUACAUCUCAUAGUGUCCAGACCGCCAGACCAGAACCCAAACACAUACCUCGCCUAUCUACCCAUCAACUCUGACAAGUGCAAUGGAAACACAGAUCUGAGUGAGGACAGUGGGGUGAAAACUAAGCUGAGUACUCCCCAUGAUGAGCUGAAAUCUGGCAGCUUUCCUCCCAUACCACCAAUAGACUAUGACGAUGGUCCACUAGAGCAGAAAAGAGAAACCGAGCACAGCGCAGAAUUUUCUGAGGACACAGACUGUGAUGGCUCCUCUCUACCUGACGACUCUCCUGAGAGCUCCCGUAAAGUGGAAUGGCAAGAGGAGAGUGUUGACGAUCCGAGGAAUGAAAACUAUCUGCAAAUGGGUGCUGGACAGCCAGAUGAAGAUGAAAUCACAUGGGGAAGUGAUGAAUUGCCCAUUGAAAACAUGAACUCCAAAUCAAGAGAUGAUGGCCCAAUCAUCACAGAGGAUGAGCUGACCUCUUUGCCCCUCGUGAAAGUGGUCCCCGAUGGCCAGUACACGGGCCCAAAGCUCAACACUGUGGUCCGCAUGAUGAGGGGGCUCCUGGAGCAGAAAGUCCCACUGCAGGAGUUUGAAAAUCUUCAAAAUCUCCAGCCGCUGGACGACUGUUUAAUAGGUCAGACAAAGGAGAACAAGAAGAAGAAUCGCUACAAGAACAUUGUUCCCUUUGACACAACACGAGUUAUGCUGGGCAAAGACGGGGGCUACAUCAACGCCAACUUCAUCAAUAUGCCGGUGAAGGAUGAGAACUUCAUGUACAUUGCCUGCCAGGGGCCCUUACCCACCACUCUGGGCGACUUUUGGCAAAUGGUUUGGGAGCAGAAGUCUAACGUGAUCGCCAUGAUGACCCAGGAGGUCGAGGGCGGCAAAGUGAAGUGUCAGCGGUACUGGCCGGACACGCCAAGGACAGCAGAGAUGGUGGACGACAGGUUACAGAUUACGCUGAUCAAAGACCAGUAUCUGGACAACUUUGUCAUCCGGCUCAUUGAGGUCAAAAAUGUCCAGACCAAUGAAAUCCAGCGUGUAACUCACUUGAACUACACGGGAUGGCCCGACCACGGAACGCCCACACAACCCGAGCAGCUGCUCACGUUUAUUUCCUACAUGAGGCACGUUCAUCGAUCAGGGCCGAUAAUCACACACUGCAGUGCAGGCAUCGGCCGUUCGGGAACCCUCAUCUGUAUAGACGUGGUCCUGGGUCUUAUCAGUAAAGAUGCUGAUUUUGAUAUUUCAGAUGUCGUAAGGAACAUGAGACUUCAGAGACAGGGAAUGGUCCAGACAGAGGACCAAUAUAUUUUCUGCUAUCAAGUGAUCCUCUACGUCCUCAGAUGCCUUCAAGCAGAGGAAAACAUCUCAGGAUAGUAGAAAACCACAUAUCGUCGCCGUUGUGUAGAGAGGCUGGGUGACUGUUUCACGAGAGAAACAAAAAUGCAGAGUUGACACAGGCAGAAAUUGCCAAAUUACACUAUAUGUUUUUAAAAUGCCUUAAAAUAUUCAGUUCCUUGAGAGUAAAUCCUUUUAAAGAAGUCUAUAUUUUUAUGUUUGCUUUUUGAGUUCUCUCUCUUUGGCUGCUACUCCCUUUCAGUGCAUUUAUGAGAACUGCUGAUUGUAUUUCCCAUUGUCACCUACAAGAGAACACUAAUGGUUUUUUUUUUCUCCAGAUUCUUGGAUAUUCUAAAAUAAUUAUAAAAAUGAUCAAUGAUCUCAUAUUUUAUGUGGAACAAAAUUGUACUUGUGUAUUUUGAAUCCUAUUUUGAUGCUGGAACAUGCCUUGACAGAAUACUAUGUCAGUAUUUGCUUUGUACAUCUGUUAUACAGUAAUUGCUCACUGCCUGAGGUAAAUGAUGAAAUUAAAAGUGUACAUAUUCAUCUCCUAAAAAUUAAACUGGACACAUUUUAAAUGUCAUGUAGAGGAAAGUUUCAUUUAAAAAAAAAAAGAAUCAAAUAUUUUCCUUGUCUUUUGUCAUGUUUGUGCAUAUUACCUUGUUGUAUAGGUUUAAAAAUGGCAACAUUUGUCAGCUUUGUUGUCAUUCAUGCUGUGUUUUUUUUUUUUUAAAAAGUCCCCAUCACAUUACAAACUUAAUUUAUAGAAAACUGAACCUCAGACAGCUUUGACAGGUUUGCUGAGCAACAAAACCACUGAAAAUCAUGAGGGGGAGAAGCGACAACCUGUGCACAGGUGUACAUGUUGAUGCUAGAUUGAAAAGAGUGCUCAAUGGAAAAACAGGCUACUGCUUUGAAAAUGAUUACAUAUUCACUACAGAAGUUACAGCACAGUAAUACAGGAAAGAAGCUUAUAAUGUUGAAUAUAUGCUGAGGCGGUCGGAAACGUUGAUGAUAAAAAUAAUAGAGCUAUAGUUUGUGAUGAUUUUGUACUGCAUUAUAUUGAAAGAUGUUAUUUUGUAAGGUGGUCAAACAUCUUACAGUGUAACAAUGCCACAGACACAGACCCUGGCCUCAAACUGACUAUACAACUGAAUCAACAGGUCAUUUAAAGUCUCUACAAAGACUGACCAGCAGAACCUUCACAAUGUAUUUUUUGCCCUGCAAUUGCAUUAUUUUGCAUAUUUUACAGCUGUCCAUGUUUUGUUACUUUGUCUUUUCUCUGUAUGUAAUAAUUAAACAUAAUUACCCUGAAUGAAUGCACACCUUCAAGCUAUCUGAUGGAAUAAUGUGAUUGGCUGCAAAUGUAGCAGCAGGCAGGAGGUGAUGCAGUAGAGAUGGGUUGUCUUACACCAGUUCCACCACUAUGUGGUGCCAAAGUUCAUUAUCACAUCACUGUAAAGUAAUUCUGGAAACAUUGCCAUGUGUCCGACCAGCUUUGGACUUUACUGGCUUCUCCAGUUUAACACAAUAAAGCUCAUAUUGCUCAA